CUCUCCUUUAUUCCUUGUUUAUUGUCUAUUGUCGACUGUCUCUUUCUUUUAUCUAUCACUGCCCCAUUCCCAGCGACCACCGUCGUCACAAGCAGCAGCCACCCGCUACACCACCCUACCACCACUUACACACAAACAUCGCGCGUUCCCCGUGCCCACCCCUCGAUGAAGAAAUCCAAACUUCCUAAUAGUGGCUAUUACACCAACUCUUUGACCGGAGGUUGCACCGUUGCAUCUCGCCUCCUUAGACUUCCACCACAGAUCAUUCUUCUCUUGGACAGCGCGCCUAAGCCCCCAUAAUUUGACCUACACCCCUGCACAUACCCUCGAAAAGCCAGCAAUCGUUUGGUACCAAAUCCACAUACAUCCGCUAUAAUCGCUACCGCCUCCUAAAGCCCCGUAUGGGAUAACAAUCCUCUCGUGAAUAUUCAGUAGGUUCGCAUAUACGGCCUCUCACUAUUAUUCUUAUUUUCUGCCCUCCUUCAACGAGCCACAAGGCUCUAUAAGACAGCACACACCACAACGAAACGUUUAUUUUGCAUAUUGCAUCAAUAUCAUCCGUCGCUUCCAAUCUAUAUCGGCAUAGACCUUUAAAGAAUUAUCAAAGAUGAACGCUCUCCGCACCCUUCCCAUCCUCAACCGCCCUUCUCGCCCCGCCUCUCCUGCCCCUCCCACUGUCCAGUCUACUACCGCCUCCGCGCAGCCUCCUUCCAAUGAAAAGCCACGUUCCCGAUCCCUUUCCCGUCAAGUGACCGAUAAGGUCUCCUCUUUACAAAUUUCUACUAAUGGCGCCGCCAUUCAUCCUCCAGCAGUUAUCACUCCAUCUCAGCCUUUGGCCAAGAGAUCCUCUUCUCCUGGGAGCAGGGCUGCCACCCCUCGAUCUACUGCGAGUCCUCUUCCUGCAGCUGCCCCUGGGGAGCAGGCUCCAUCGGGUGGAUAUAUGGAUGUCAUCGGCUUAAGGUUGAACGAGACAGUGAACAAGGCGAGCGCCGGUGUGGAUUUCAAGGCGAAGAAGGGGUUCAAGAAGGGCAGUGGAUUCGCUAUUGGCGAGGCUGUUGUCAAGGAACUUCCCAGCCCUCCUUCCGACGCGUACCUGAUGCGCGCUGUUCUUCGCAUUUCUGUUCGUGCACUCAGUAUUUAUGUCACCCGCCUCGAAUCUCUUCUCCUUCCUUCUCUCACGGAUGUCUCCUUUACUGCGCCUCUUAAUAUUGCCACAUCCACCGCGCAUCCUCUUAACUCUGUGCAGUAUUUUGCUCUUUCUGUCGCGCACACUGCAUGGGAGACUUGCGAGAUCCUUGAGCAGACUCUCGAAACUGGCCAGUGGCCUAGAUUCACGCAAGAGGCUUUGAGACCUGUGAUGGACAAGCUCGACUUAGUCGUUAGCAAGGUUGUGCAGCCACUGUUACUUGGUUUGAAGCGAGACUUGAUUGCAAGCUUGAUGAGGACGGAAGGGACCUCGCCUGCAGGUGGAAAGACAGUCGGGCUUGCAUCUAUCCCUGCGCCUACUACUUCAACCAACGGCGUACCCCUUACCAAGGAAGGUUCCCAUCAGCCUGUUUCCCGUCUUACCAAAGAGUUCUCUUCUAGCGGCCACGCACGUCAGCUUGCCAUCCCUCCUUGCCUUCAACAUUUUGCUGCUCGUGUCGACGGCUCUCGCAAGGUCUUUGAGCUCAUCGCUAAACCUUGUGCUGACGAUGGUGAAGGUUGGGUGACCGGUAUAGUCGUUGCUGUUAUCUGGAAGGGCAUGUGUAUCAUCUCCGAUAGGGACCUAACGCCUACUGGUAUCCGGCCCCCGAGCCCCAACAGUGUCGCCCGUGCUCUCGCCGGCUUGGGCAAAGAACGAGAUUCUUCGUCUAAUAUCACUCCAUCUCCUUCCCUUCAAGGCGUCACUGCAAAACUUGCUUCAUCUCUAUCCAUCGUGCCCACUCGCUCUCAAUCCCGUGCAUCUUCUCCUCCGAGACAGGCCAGCAAGCUUGAUCCAGUCACCCACGCUCUUCUUUCCCUUGAGGGACUCAUCAAACGUCUCGUGAGUGGCCUUGUCCAACCUCCUUCUCCUACAGACGACGAAGACGAACACCUCGCGCGACAGGCCUUGUCUGAAGCCAUUGAAGCCCUUCAGUCCUUCCGUAUAAUAUCGACCGCAAUGAACAACGGCAUUUCCUCUUCAACCCGCUUGCUGGCAUCUGCUCGUCGACUACGAGACGAUGUGGAGGACCCAGCGGAAGAUGAGCUCGACGACGCAAUGGAGGACCUUCAAGCCGUUAUUCUCUUCUCCAUUCUAUGCCGCCAAGCCAACUCCAUCCUCUCCUCGCUUCCUAUUUCUAGCGAGAAGGAACCCACCCUCAAGAUCCGCCACCCAUCCGAAGUUUGGGGUUGGCAAAUGGCUGAAUACGAGCGUCAAGUUCUCUCUGGCUUUUCCGCCGCCGAAGAAUGGGGUCGUCGAGUCGCUGUUGCCCUCAAGGGCGACAUUGAAAAGCUUCUUGCUCGCCUUGCUGAGAUUAUCGCGAGUCAGGGCGUGCCCGAGAAGACUUCCAAAGAGAAGGAGGCUGUGGUGGAAGCUAUGGAGUGGGUCAAGCUGUUGGGCGUUGCAUGUGAUGCCAAGUGCGGACUCAAAGUGGCAAAUGCGGCUUGACUAGUUCCCUGGGCGAUUAAUGCGUUCUGUGAAAGCUAUAGAUGAGAAUAUGACUUCUAUGGAGAGGAGAAAAAAUAUAGGGUCAUAAAGUGCAAUCGUACUGGAGGAAGAUUCCUUUGAUAAUCUGAAUACACGGUUUUCCAUUUUUAAAAUGCGAUAGUGAGGGUUAUUAUUCAGAAAGACGGCGUCGGUCAGUGUUCUAGUUUUUUUUCUUUCUUUUUUCUGUUUUUUCAAUAUCGUAGGUGAGUUAGGUCCGAAAAUGCAUGGUGUUAGAAAUGACAGUGUACGAACGUAUCGUGAUGUUGUCAAUGUAC